ACAACACUGCACACGCUGGGAGAGGCGGGGCGAACGCGUGCUCGCGGUGUGGAGCGUCGAAAGUAUCCGCAGCGCGUCCUUCUGCGGAGCGUCAGUGCGGCAAGAUGUUCAACAGCCUCCUGCGACAGUUCGAGGACGAGCCCUUCUUUGCUCCGGGUCAUAUUUUCCUUCUCAUGGUGUUUGAGAUCGAGGGCAUGUCCACGUCGACUCAUCCCAACUGAAGAUCUAUGACUGUCACACACAUCCACGACGCGUUCCAGGUGCAUCAUGAGCGCAUGCGGCAGAUGAUGAGGGGUUUCGCUGACCCCUUCGGUCAGGGCUUCAUGCCUAGCAUCACAGACGGCCAUCACAGGGGUCACAGAGGUGACAGGGGUCACAGGGCUGCGGCUCAGCCCAACACCAGCCCGAACGUCCGCAGCGACCGAGAGCUGGAUAUCUUUAGCAGUCCCUUCGCUAUGAUGGACAGCAUGAGGAACAGGAUGGAGGCGAUGCAUAGAAAUUUUGGGAACAUGCCGUCAGACCCCAGCAGCCACUCGUAUUCCUCUUCCUCCGUCAUGACGUACUCGAAGAUGGGAGACGAGCCGCCGAAAGUGUUCCAGGCCUCGUCUCAGACGCGCUGUGCUCCCGGAGGAAUAAAGGAGACCAGGAGGAGUCUGAAGGACUCUGAGAGCGGACUGGAGAAGAUGUCCAUCGCCCAUCACAUCCAGGACAGAGGCCACGUCAUCGAGAGGAAGGAGAACAGGAAAACCGGAGAGAAGGAGCUCAACCAGGACUUCCAGAACAUGGAUGAGACGGAGGCCCAGUCCUUUGACGAGGAGUGGCAGAGAGAAGUGUCCAGGUUCCAGGCUUCUGCGCCCAUGUCCCGCCUGGAAGCACCGAGACAGCGGGCGGUCCACCGAGCGGCCAUCACAGCACCACUGGACACACGCAGGGAUGACAAAGCCGCCGCAGCAAACCAAACCCAUUACAAUGAACUCAACAUUAGAGGCUCCGGCCAGAAGGAGCACUAAAGCUCACUCAGUUUGCUCACAUCUGCCGGUGAUUUUCUUACGCCUGUUUCACACCACAGACUUGAGCAGCAGCAACAACACAUUUCUGCUGCGCUCUAUACAGAGAACUUCUUUCUAGGUAACUGUGGUGAGUAUUUCUUCUACACUGGACAUCAGUGGUGGGUCACUGAUAGCAUUAGACCUGGGCUGUGGUUAAUUGUGCACAGUAGACUAAUUCCAUAUCAUAACCUGUGGUAUACUGUAGUGUUUCAAGACACUGGACUACAAAUAUAUGCUUAAUCUGUGCAAUUUCUACUCUUCCAUGUCAAAUCAUAUUGAUUUUAUGCAUCAUCAGUGCACUGUCACUUUGAUUAGCUGCAAAAAAAUGCAGGUGCUUCUACAAUCUUCUGUUAGCACGGCUCUUGAAACACAAAAGCUCUGCUCACGCCUGCAGUGAGAAACAGGCCUUACAUCCACAACAAAUUAUUAUUUUCCCGCUGUUACUGUUUCAGAAUCCUCAGUCUUUGUUUUUUGUCUUCAAAUAUGUUUGAAUCAAAUAAAGCAACACAAAUGCUGUCA